ACCACCUUCAAGUGAAAAACACUUUCAGCUCGACUUUUCCACAAGCAGCAUGGAGGCCCAAAGCCAGAUUGUUGAAUCGUUUAAGAAUCAAACGAUUUUUCUAACUGGGGGCUCAGGCUUCGUCGGGAAAGUGUUCCUAGCGAAACUGUUAACCGUUUGUCCCGAAGUGAAUACAAUUUACCUCCUUGUGCGCCCCAAACGAAACAAAACGCCGAGUGAACGACUUCGAGACAUUUUUAGUUUUUCAUGCUUCGAACCUCUCAAAUCAAAAUGGCCAAACUUCCAAGAAAAAAUCAAACUGAUAAUUGGAGACUGCGAAAAAAUCGGCCUGGACAUUGCGGCACAAGACCGGGAAAUUUUGAAACGUGAAGUGACGAUAUUUUUACACGCGGCGGCGAAUGUUAAGUUUGACCAGAGUUUGAAACUCGCCACUUAUGCCAACGUUCGAGCCAUGAGGGAGGUUUUGGCCUUGGUCAAGGAAAUGACUCGAUUGAAGGCUUUUACUUAUGUGUCCACGGUGUAUUCAAACUGUCCUCAUUCUCACAUUGGGGAGGAUUUCUACGAGUCUGGAAUGAAAGCAGAAAGUUUAUUAACGCUUGUUGAAAGUGUCGACGAGAGUGUUUUAGAUGCGAUGACCCCGAGUUUGUUGAAAACGUGGCCCAACACUUACGUUUUCACCAAGUGUAUUAGCGAGGAUUUACUCAAGAGAGAAGCGGGUGAUUUACCGGUGGCAGUUGUCCGACCUUGCAUAAUUAUGCCAACUGCGAGAGAACCAGUUCCAGCGUGGAGUGAUAAUUUUUACGGCAUUAUAGGCAUCUGUGUUGGGGUUCUGGCAGGGGUGAUAAAGGUCAUGCCUGGUAAACCAGCUAAUCCCCUGCAUGUUAUACCCUGUGACUAUGUGGUUAAUUUAAUUAUGGCUAGUGUUUGGGAUUUAUUGCAACCAAAAUCCACUGUGAAGGAAAAUAAAAUUGCCAUUUAUAAUCACGUUCCUCCACCCGAAAAUACUUGUACUCUUGGUCACUUAGUGGCUACCAUUAACAAAAUAAAAUGGGUCUACCCCUUUAGCGACAUGGCUUACUGGUUUCCCUUAUUUACAAUGGUCACUUGUAGAUACUGGUACGCUAUCCGUGCUUUCUUUCAGCACACAUUACUCGCAUACUUUGCCGAUGUUAUUCUAACAUGUCUGGGUAGAAAGCCAAUAGCGGUGCAACAAACACGCAAAAUUAGUAAACUGGUAAUCCUCUUGUCUUAUUUUACUUUAAACACAUGGACGUUUGAUUUUCAUAAUGUUGAAGCUUUAUGGGAUAGGUUGAGUGAAAAAGAUAAGAAGUUGUUCAGAUUUGAGCUUAAAUCUUUGAAUUGGGAUGAUUUUUGGAAACUAUCAAUCAAACAUGGACGGCAGUAUUUGUUAAAAGAAAAGUUGGAAGAUUUACCUUAUGGGAGGAAAAAAGUUAGAGUACUUGCCGUUAUCCAUUACGCUACUUGUGCUUUGUUGUUGUAUUUAAGUUACAAGAUUUUACAAUUUGUAUUCGGCUUUAUGUUUUAAUUUAAUCUCUAAUUUAAGUGGAAUGUUUUCAGUAAAUAAAUAAUUCAAAUUAAGUGAAAAAUA